CUACGAUCACCGCCGGCGGUGGCGGUCACACAGACGACCGUGCGGCCAGCAGCAGCAGCAGAGGAGGAGGAGGAGGAGGAGGAGGAGGCCUCGGUUCGGCCAAUGCAGGUGCGAGUUCGUCAUAUAGCAAGGGGGGCAUCACGCUGGGGAACCUUGUCAAGGACCGCGUUACUGGUCGGCGCAAGAUGUCGCUGCUGAGUCAAGCGCCGCCAUCGGUGACGGUGCAGUCGGAUGAUGGUGACGGUGAUGAAGAUGAAACGCUGGUGAUUAGACCCAGCCCCGCAGGAUUAAAUUCCAUCGACGACUGGCUGGACAGCAGGGAAGGGUUGCAUAAAAGGUCCAACACCGUCUCGACUGUUUCCACUCAAUACACCCACAACGAUUCUUCUUCCCUGAAACUCCAUCUUCGACAAUCGACCUUUCGGCCGUUGCAACCCCCGGCUGAAUUCAUACCGGAAGAAGAAAAAUCCACGAUGCCUGUCCCUCCGAUCCCCGCCCGCUUCUACACCAAACCUGUCGUCGCGGGGCCACCGGUACGAACAUCCUCACUCGCGCGGCCAAGCACCUCCCAGAAACCGCCGCACCAGCAGCGCGCAUUGCCACCGGCACCCAGCAGCCGCCCGAUCUCGCCACCGAUCACCCCCGAACGUAAGCCGCGCGAAGAAGAGCCGCCGCGCGACCACAUCGGGCAGCUCGAGUACGAGCAGGAGCAGCACGAAACCCGCAAGCGUGAGCUGCGCCAGGAAAUCUGGGGGAUCGAGCAACGGAUGAAGGCGGCGACUAUGGAGCGAGCGCAGCGCGAGAAACUCAAGGUGCGCCUCGAGGGUCUGAACCAGGAGUAUGCGGACGCUGAAAAACUCCACCAUGAUCUCGGCCUCAAGCUGUAUAGAGCCUACAGACGGAGAGAUAAGCGCGAGGGCGUCGAGGGGCCGACGCAUCUUUGGGUUAGCAGAGUUACUGCUCCACAUGGAGGUGCCUGAUAGGCCACCUCAAUCCAUUCUAUCUGCAAGCAGGCGUGUGCAGUCUAUCCAUUCCACCAUUUCAACAUUUCUUUCGUUCUUUCGUUCUUUCUUUCCGCGAAUACCCAUCAGCACGGAGUCUUCUUUCUUUCAUUUCCUUCUUUCUUCUUGGGAGCCGGUUAUAUACUUGUACUUUGGAUACUUGUGAGCUGUAAACUACAAACUUUGGUGUUUUUUCUUCGUAUCAUACGGUGUUUAGGGCGAGGAGGUGGGAUGGAGAUGGGGGAAGGUGUUCAUUUUCAAUUUCUUGGAUUUCAGCGUAGAAUAAUUUAUGGAUGACGUGCCAUUGCAGACUGUACUCAGAUAUCACGC